AUAUAGAAUUUCAAGUAGAUCGUUUAUGUUGUCAUAACGUUACAAUAUGUUCACCGGGUCAUGUUUUCACAUGGCGAUCAUCCUUAGAUAAUGUAUCUAUAAAAAUGGCACGCACAUUUAGUGCUAAAGCUUAUGUCAUUUGUGUAACAUGGCGGCCAACGAGAAUAGCAACUUUCAGAAAGUUUUGGAGUUCAAAAUUUACAAGUGCUCCAGCUUUUCUUCUUCUUACGUGCCAGAGAAUAUUCUUGUAGAUAAACCAUCGGAUCAAACGUCGCGCUGGUCUUCUGAUAUUGACAAUCACCCACAGUUUCUUAUAUUAAAAUUACAAUGUCCUUCGAUCGUGAAAAAAAUUACAUUUGGUAAAUAUGAAAAAACACAUGUAUGUAACAUAAAAAAGUUUAAAGUGUACGGUGGUUUAGAAGCAGAAAAUAUGAUGGAACUUUUAGAAAGUGGACUAAAAAAUGAUUCUAUACCAGAAACAUUUGAUUUAAAACACAUAUUAGGAAACGAGGAAAAUUACUUUCCAGUUAGGUAUAUAAAGAUUCUUCCAUUGCAAUCGUGGGGUCCUAGUUUUAAUUUCUCUAUCUGGCACGUACGCUUAACUGGCACAGAUGAUUACAAAAUUGUGAGGCCCAGUAUUGAAUGGCUCAACGCGUAUCGCCAAAAAGAGGUAAUAAGGUUGUGUAUGAAACACUUCAGAAAGCUUGAACAACCAGAGAUUGUAGAGACUUUACAAAGAGUUACCGGUGUUCCACUGGAAGAUUCUAGAUUGACAGGGUUAUACGAUUUAUUAGUUACAAAGGGUGAUCAUUUACAAGCCGAAUGUUUUAUAAGUAACGCCGUAAUGAUGGGUCUUUUAAACGAUUACAUCAACGCUCAGACGUAUAGAGCAGUUUGGACAAAAUUAUCAUCGAACGAUAUUAAGCCAGGAAUGAGGGGUGGUCAUCAAAUGGUGCUUGAUCCAACCGCGGAGCUUUUAUACUUGUUCGGAGGUUGGGAUGGAAAUCAGGACCUCUCAGAUUUGUGGUCCUAUAGUAUAGCUUCUAAUAAGUGGACCCUUAUAUGUAAGGAUACAGAAGCUGUGGGUGGUCCGAGCGCAAGGUCUUGUCACAAAAUGUGCCUUGAUCCGAAACGUAGACAACUUUUUACGCUUGGUAGAUAUUUGGAUGCCGGAUAUAGAACGCCGGAUAACUUGAAGAGUGAUUUUUACGUAUACGAUAUCGAAUCGAACAAAUGGACACAAAUAUCGGAAGAUACGGGAGCUGUAGGGGGUCCUCAAUUAAUUUUCGAUCAUCAGAUGUCCAUGGACAUUGAGAAACGCACCAUUUACAUAUUUGGCGGUCGAAUUUUAGUCUCCCCGACGAAUUCCGAAGAACACGGUAUGAUGUCGAGUUCAACCGAACCAAUCUUUUCUGGAUUGUAUUCUUACCAUGUACCGACCGGUACUUGGAACAGACUUGCCUGUGAUAUUGCCAGACCGUGUCCACCUAAUGUACCAACAGUUAUGUCCAGAGCCGGUCAUUCUAUGUUAUUCCAUUCGGGAUCGCGAAAAUUAUACAUUUUCGCGGGUCAAAGGGGUAAAGAAGAUCUCAGCGAUUUUUUUACCUACGAAGUUGACACAAACCAUAUCGAGCACAUCUUCAACGAUUUUGGUGCAAAAGACUCGAAUCACGUUCCAACAGCAGGCUUCACGCAAAGAGCGACCAUUGAUCCUGAGUUGGGAGAGAUAUACGUUCUAUCGGGUUUAAGUAAGGACAAAGUAAAGAGGUCCGAUAGCGUGCAGCAUUCUUUUUGGGUGUACAAUAUUAAGAAGAACAGGUGGUCUUGCAUCUAUCGAAACGAUAACAUCGGAGAAAAAUAUUGGAAUAGAAUGCAAGAUUUCGAACCGUGUCCACGAUUCGCCCAUCAAUUAGUUUACGAUCACGUGAAAAAGGUUCACUAUUUGUUCGGAGGGAAUCCCGGACGAGCUUGUCUUCCAAACUUACGGCUCGACGAUUUUUGGCAAUUGAAAUUAUGCAGACCGUCCCACGAGCAGAUCCUAAAACGAUGCAAGUUACUAAUACGAAAGCACAAGUUUGAAGAGCUGGCUUUGAACAACAGCGUCGAAGCGUUGGAAUACUUGCAGACAAAGGUAUCGGAAAUCAUCGAUCAUAACGAUGUGGAACAAACAAAAGAGUUUCAAUUGUUAACGUCUAUUUUAUUCAGAGAACAAAACUCCUUACUAGGAGAAGCCGCAAAUUCGAACAGUUCAGACGCCGUAUUAGGAAAUUUAGUUAACAUGGAUACAACGUCGUUGUAUUGUCCGACGACGCGCGAUAUUCAUACAUUAAGGAUCGAAUUGUACGAUAAACUGACGGAAUUCUUUCCCGAGUCACUAACGCAACCUCGUGCUAAUCUGAUCGAUCUUUUGCCAUUAUGAUCAAACAGUGAUUGAAAUUCGAUUACUCGGUACGUCUGUAAAAUGUAAAGCAAAGAGAUUCCUUUUGUUUCCUUGUACAAAUAUUUUCUACGAUAUCGAAACCAGUUUUAACUUCGAGAAGGGAAACGUUAUUUUUUUAGUCUAAUUCUUUGUAUCGUUUGAAGAAAGGAAUUUUCAGAGACACCGACAUCCGCGUAUAUCAUACAUGCAUAUACAUAUAUACAUAUACGCGUAUACAUAAAUUCAGUUCGAUUUAUUUUGCAUAAAAGAUAGCUUGAGGUACACAGAUACUAAUAUAUAUAUUCUUUAUUGUGAUAUGAUUAAACAACGGAUUAUAUUAAGAGACAAAGAUGAUAAUACACUUACGUUAAAUAGUGUCUUUUUGUAUUGAGUUUUCGUUUUGCAUUGGAUUGUUAUAGGCUGCUUUCGUAGUACGUAGAUUUGUUAAAUUUAUUUGUAAAUUUUAUUUUAUAAAGAAAAGCGUAACGAGAAAAGUAUUAUAAUUAUUCAUACACUAGUACCGUUAGAUCGUUCGUGCUUGAGCCGCAUUACCAACAAACCGAAUUACCGUACAUAUACGGGGAUUAACACUUGUUCGUGAUUUAUUUUCAACGUAUACAUAGCUAUCGGUGUUCACGCGAUUAAGGAAAAGAUAGCUCUUUCUUUGAUCAUCAACACCCUGUAUAGUUAGAAGAAUAUUUCUCCGAGUUUCAGGAAACAAAAGCCCGUCAAUCAUUGUAAACGCUGUUAUAAAACUAGAUACGCGUUUCAAAUCAUAUUAUACAUAAUUCCUCUAUUUUUUAUGGCUUCGCUCUGUUUAUUAUUUCAAAUAUAUUGUACAGUUUAACGGCCGCGAAUCGUGGUGUACGGAAUAGCUAGGACUACAGAGAUAGUUAUUUGUAUUUCAUGGUGUGAAUCUACCAUAAAUGUUUCGCGAUAAACUUAGAUAGACGCUGCGAGAUACACAUGGCAAUAAUACGAAAUUAUUUUUUAUCUUCCUCGGUCAAAUUUGCUAUACAUAUUAUAGAUAAGUCUACGUAUAUUGUAUGUACAGGGUGUUUGAAAAAGAAAAGCUGGUGUCAAAUCUAAAAAGGUGCAUCGUACUCGUCGGACUUAUAUUAAUUUGCUAUUGCAAAUAUAAUAGAUUAGACGAAUAGAUGAAUGUAGUGCUGGACAUCUGAAACCAAAAACGGUGGGUUUACAUCAUUUCUAUCGAACAGCCUGUACAUAAAAGGUAGCUGGUUGCGCACUUUUGUUUCUACCAUCUUGUACAUAUCCUAUGAUCGUUCUAAGAUCAUAGGGAGUGAUAGCUAAUGCCAGCGUUACUGUUAAUCCCUUUGUACUAUAAGCGUUAUCUUAUGAUACACGUAAAUGCGCUGUCAGGCAUCGCGGAACAUCUUUGUACAUAGCCAUCGCUUCGGUAUCGUUGUAAGCAUAAAUCACAGAUCUAGCAUUGUAAAACAUAAAUGCCGAGAUUGUGAUCGAAUCGCGUAGCUUGUUGACUGUUCGAGAUGCAUGGAAAGCGUGUUCAAGCGUGCCCUUUGUAUAUAACUGUAAACGCUAACGAACGGAACGAUUGUGUAAUUUGGUUCUAAGUUAAGAUAACGAAGCAUCGCGAACGAAGAAAUUCGAGACAGCAAGCGAGAAACGUUUGAGGAAAGAAAGAAAAUUAACGCCUGUCUUAACGAACGUCUUUACGAUCUUUCUCCGAUCAUUUUCAAAUUUAUAGAAGGAAAUACUCUAUCGAAACGUGUUCGAUAGUUAGAGAUCCGUUUAAUCCGUUUAAUCGAGAGAGAAAGUGAGAUAAAACAUUAUCUUCCACAAUGUUAUUCAUGAAAUGACGAAAUAUCAGAUUUAUCUCAGGAUCUUAUUCGAUCGUUUUAUUACCAUACUCGACAAGAACGUUGAAUAGAGUUCUAAUGACGUGAUAUUCGAAGUUCUAGUCAACUAAUACCUACGAUUACGAGAAAAACAAAAGGGAAGGGAACGGUGUGAUUUCUAGUACGAUUAAGGAUCAUACUUGUACAUUAUAGCGCUCUAUACUUCCAUCCUGUUUGUACGACCUAUUUGUUUUUACCGAACAUCCUAGACUGUUGGUUUUCCAAUUGUUUAUCGCGAUAAUGCGUAUAGGAAAAACGAAACGAAUUGUUGUUUUCCAAACGAUCGUUCUCUUUUUUCUUUUACCGCGAGAUUUUUUUGCUAUCGUAUCGUUUACACGACUCUACGCGUUCAAACAAUAUAAUCCCUUUCGUUAAGCAUAUAACCAGAUGCAUUUAUUUUGAAUCUUGUUAUCGUUUGUUGACCGUCGUUUCAAAUUGUACCGAGUUGAACACGAACGUGUGCGUCACGUAUGUACAUAUGAAAUAAAAAAAGGCGAAUGUUUUGCAAGAAUUACA